ACGAGGCGUUUUGAGGGAGACACAGGCGCGGCGCCCACUAACGCUGCACCCUAGUUAGGGCGCACCGGAGGAUUUGAGACGCGGCCCGAGAGACAGAAACCCGCUGCUGCGCUUCAUUAGAGCCUCGGUGGGUCUCCAUCAUUCAUCCGUCCCUCAGAGCCGAACCACAGACCCGAUACCGAGCGCACGGAACCGGCUGAUGGACGGAACGCUCGCGCUCUGACGGCGGAAGCUCCACUCGUUCAUCUUCGGCUAGGUUCGGCGCUCCGAUCGCUGUUCGAUCGCUCGCUAUUGUUCGGAUGCGCGACGCUGGGGAUCAAAGAGCCCGAUCGAUUCCCGACCGAACAUGAGUUCUGCUCUCCGCUGGGUUUUAUCGCUGUGCUUCAUCAUCACCAUCAUCGUCAUUCAGCGUGGGGCUCCGUUCCAGGUGGCUUUGCAGGAUGACCACCGGAUGCUGCUGUCGCUGGACGCUGAUGACGUGAGGCCUGAUGCAUCCGUGUAUUCGGUGCGUGUUUCCGGAGAGCCGCACACGCACACGCUGCUAUUCACGCGACCCGCCGACGGUCAGACGCUGCCGCAUCCGCUCCAGUUCAACGCCUCGUACCACGGCCUGUGCUACUCCAUCAGUCUGAUGCUCGGGAACGACAGCCGCGCAUCCAGAGCCGUCAGAACCGUCCCUGUGCUCACCAAGCCUCUUCCUCUAGACAGCAUUGAGAUGUCUGAUUACAGUCCGGCUCCAGAGACCGGCGUGGUGUUUCAGAUCCGUUCUCCUGACAGGAACAUCUACACGAGAGUAAACAUCAGCUACAUGGAGGGCCGACAGCCACGCUACAUGCUGUAUAAAGAUUUCCUCAAAGGGAAGACGGUGUUCAAGCACUGGCUGUCGGGCACGUGUUACACCAACAUCAGCUUCCAGCUGGUCUCAGAGGCCACAGUCAACAGGAGCACGCUGGUGAGCCGCAGCGACGUUACCCAUGAGCCCCUGCGCCACCGCACCGUCCCGAAUCCUCCUCUCAACGUGUCGCUCAAAAUCAUCCACCUCAGCGGUCGAGGAGCGUCCCACAAUGCAUCAGUCCUCCGGCGGGCACGUGACGUCCCUGCGGCUGAAGAACAGGAAGAGGAAGUGAACGGUGUGGAGAUGAGCGUCACGCAGACGCCACUAAACAACGUCACUGUUUAUAGCAGCACAGCCGAACCCAACAGCACUGAGCUGCUGUGGGCGGAGCUGACAGGAAGCCCCGCCCCCACCGAGGAGCAGGAGGAGGAGUUUGUGAACGUGCUGGUGCCAGAAUAUGAGGACUCUAAUGAGCCGGGGUCAGCGAUGGAUGUGACCUUUGAACCCAGUGUGAUGCCCAAGCCACUGCCGCCCAUCCUGCUGGAGCUGCGCUGGUUACCGCCGCGGCCGCCCACCGCUUACGACGGAUUCAACAUCUACAUCCACCGCGAUGGAAACUCCACCAAAACAGUCAGCGUUGAUGAGAACAUCACCAGUGACAUCAUCAGCAGCCUGACCCCCGGCGCUCAGUACAGAGUGAUGGCUUAUCACACGAACGGGCCGCUGGUUAGUCCCCCGUCCGAGCCGGUCAUCAUCGACAUCGAUGAGAUCGCCGCCACCGCGUCCGUCAUCGCCUCUGUGAGAGUGACGGAUCUGUUGCCGGCCUGGUUCUAUAACUUCCGCGUGACGAUGGUGACGUGGGGCGAUCCUCCGCUGAGCUGCUGCGAUGCUUCUACCGUCAGCUUCGUCACAGCUCCUGAAGCUCCUCACAUCUCGUCGGUGGAUUACGCUCACGGGACGCUGUUCGUGCGCUGGACUUACGGCGAUCUGUUCACCGAUCUCUCGCAUUCGCGGAUGCUACACUGGCAGCUGACGGCCGAAGGGAAGAAGGGCGCGAGGAGACACUACUCCAUCGACGUGACUCGCAACAUGAUGAAGGCAUCUCUGACUCUUCCUCCCGGAGACAUCUACAACCUGACCGUCUCCGCCUGCACCGAGAAGAGCCGCAACACGUCUGCGCCGCACAUCAUCAAACUCGAACCGGCUCCUCCGAAGUCUCUGUACGCACUAAACGCCACCGACACGGCCGUCACGCUGCUCUGGACGGAGGACGGCGUCGUGGACUUCUACCAGAUCAUCUGCAGACCGCUGCGAGUCAACAGAGAGAGCAAAAAGGUGCGAGAGCCGCUGCUGACCACCGCUCAUGUUGUGACCGUAUCCGGACUCCAGCCGUCCACUUCAUAUAACUGUACCGUGAUCAGCAGCAGCUACAGCAGCGUCAGUGACCCGGCGUACAUCACCGUCAGCACGACCGUGCGCGAGAUGAACCCGAGUGUGGCGGCGAUCUCGGCGCUGGCGGUUCUCAGCGUUCUGCUCAUCAUUCUGCUGGUGCUCUUCCUUCUGGUGCUGCGCAAGAAACACAUGGAGCUGAGCCGGGAGUGCGGCGCUGAGACCUUCGUGAAUUUCGCCUCUUUCGAGCGAGACGGGAAGCUGCCGUAUAACUGGCGCAGGAGUCUCUUUGCGUUCCUCACGCUUCUGCCAUCCUGCCUUUGGACUGACUAUCUUUUGGCCUUUUAUAUUAAUCCGUGGAGCAAAACGGCGCUGAAGAAGAGGAAACUAACCAGUCCCGUUCAGCUCAGUGAUUUCGAUGCUUACAUCAAAGACAUGAGCAAAGAUUCGGCGUACAAGUUCUCGCUGCAGUUCGAGGAGCUGAAGAGCAUCGGUCUGGAUCUGUCUCAUGAAGCGGCCGAUCUGCCCGUCAACAGACCCAAGAACCGCUACACCAACAUCCUGCCCUAUGAUUUCAGUCGAGUGAAGCUGAUCUCUCUGCACAACGAUGAAGGCUCUGAUUACAUCAAUGCAAACUUUAUUCCUGGUUAUAACUCUACGCACGAGUUCAUCGCCACGCAGGGGCCGCUGCCCGAGACCAGGAACGAUUUCUGGAAGAUGGUCCUGCAGCAGAAGUCUCACAUCGUCGUCAUGCUGACCCAGUGUAACGAGCGCAGGAGGGUGAAGUGUGACCACUACUGGCCGUUCACUGAGGAGCCCGUGGCGUACGGAGAGAUUACGGUCGAGAUGCUGUCGGAGACCGACUCGCCCGAGUGGACCGUCAGAAACUUCAGACUGGGAUACGCUGAUGAAACUCAAGACGUUCUGCACUUUAACUACACCUCGUGGCCGGAUCACGGCGUGCCGACAGUCAACGCCAUCGAGAGCAUCUUACAGUUCGUUCAGAUUGUACGGCAGCAGGUCAACAGGACCAAAGGGCCCAUCGUGGUCCACUGCAGUGCUGGAGUGGGCCGGACCGGCACCUUCAUCGCUCUGGACCGGCUGAUGCAGCACAUUCAGGAACACGAGUAUGUGGACGUCUUGGGACUGGUGUCAGACAUGCGCUCACACAGGCUCUCCAUGGUCCAAACCGAGGAGCAGUACGUGUUCAUCCAUCAGUGUGUCCUGCUUAUGUGGAAAAAGAAGAAGCAGCAGACGCACACGAGCGACGUCAUCUACGAGAAUGUCAGCAAGUCCUAAUGAAGUCCGACGCUCCUCAUAUCAGUGUUGACAGACGUGCUACAUCGACACCAAAACCCAACCGAGCGGCGGCCGCGGAGGACAACCCUUCACUCAUUUACUCCCAUACAAGCUCUUAUUUAGCGGACGAACGACGGAACCAAUCCGAUGCCUUAAACGAGCUGCCGCGUUCUCCCGUCUCCGCAGAUUCCGUCCGCAUCUCGUCUGUAGUGUGUGAAUCUCAGGAUCAUCUGGAUGCGUGUAAAGUGUGUCUCGUGAGUUUAUAUCGCACUCUGUCUGUACUAGUGUUAGUUUCUACGUCUCCGGAGGAGAAUGAAGAACCGGAUCCUCCUGUUGGCAUGCACAUGUAAACACGGUUCGAACCUGACGGCCUUUGAUCACUGCCGCACACAGACCAUCUGCUUUGGGUAUAAAGGACAGAUGCAGACGAUCAUACGUGUUGCUGUGUGUAGAGAGGCUGCGCUUCUGUGAUUUCUGCUAAAGCUGGGCUUCAUCUGCAAGCGUCUGGAUGUUCACUGGAGCGGCGUUUGCACAGUUCGGACCGAAUCGCUCGCUGCUGCUGAAUCUGACGCUGACUCUGUUGUGUUCGCUGAACGAUGCAUGCUGCAAACUUGCAGACGCGAGAUUAGUCUCAUCUUUAGGUUUAGACUCCAGCUCAAGAGUGUUCUGUUCCGUCAGACACACCAGUGAGUUCACAAACGUCUUUACAGAUGCAGAGAUGUAAUAUCAACUAAGUGUCGAGCUGUAAAUACUGAAACUAAAGCAACUCUGUAUCGUGUUGGAUGAACUGAUCGAAACUCUCUCUCCAGAACGGGCUUCACUUGAUGGGUUUUCUUUCGUUUGUGUCAGAACUCGUUUGUCUUUUGGUGCCAUUCUUGUGUAUCGUGUGACUUCAAGUAGCCGAGCAAUCCACAGUCGCCACCACGAGUUUAAUGCGUGUUCAUUUGGGAAAAAAUAAACGUUUGAGUACGUAUUCUUAUGAGCUGGAAAUGAGUCGUUUUGUGUGAAGAAUAAAAGACGUCUGUAGACCUCAGUCCACAUGAGCUUCAAGCAGACUGCUGUUCCUCUUCUUGCGUGUAUGCUGUGUGUAUCUUUUG